AAGUCAAGUUCCACCCUCAAAAACCAGAUCACAUUUUCACAUGCUCUGAAGAUGGCACCAUAUGGCAAUGGGACGGGACAUCAAUGUCAGGAACGUCCCUUGGAUCUAACCAAUCCUUCAGACCAGUAGGUAUGACUAAUGGUCUAGAUACCACGACAUCCAUAAUCAGUCCUUGGCUGUCAGUAGAUGCAACCAAGCACCRUAUGGAAACUUUUUCUUUGCUUUCUGGAAAUAGACUUUCAAUCAACUCWCUGGACAUUCAAGCACAACAUCUAUUGUGUGGAAGUGACUGUGARGCUAUUUUUCUGAUACGCGAUUUAAUUYUAAGGUAAAAGUUUUGUAAUUUGCUCUUAAAUGUAAAUAGUACUUUCCCGUUAGAACCAAAUAGAUUUUUGAUACUUAUUUUGUCAUUUCAUAUAAGUUAAGUACUAAAUAUACACACGGCAUAAAUAAAUAUAUUUUUGUUGACUUAAAACGAAAUGCAUUUUCUUAUAACAUUCGAUAUCCGGGUUUCCUGUGGUGCGCGAAGCCGUUGUUAUGGAAACGUUUGUUCCGCUUGCGUUACAUGUACAUUUUUUAAAUGAAAGCUUGUUGGACGGCUGUGGAUAGGUAGACGACUAAAGUUACCACAUAAUGAGCUUGGAUUUGUGAUUUUAUUCCCCAUUUGUUGCUCAAAAAUGAAUUGAGUUUGUUUUGGUAAAACAUGGAAGAAGACAGCGAAAGACAUUUUCGGUAUAUCUUUGACCCUCUGAAGAAAACCACUGUUCGGGUUCUCCAAGAAACUCCAACGCGACACCGCACAGCUUUACAUAUAACAAAUCUAGAAGAACAAAAAGAAAACUUUCUACGCUUUGGGAAGAUCCCAAAGUUCACAUUUACAGGUUCGAUAGAGCAUUAUUCAAAGAAGAAAAAAACUUCAGUUCGUUUCGACCUUCUUCCUGAAGCMAARCUAAUAUUGGAGCGCGUAAGACAGCAAUAUGGCAGUGGUGACAACUUUUUAGACGUAUCCUACGGAAAGAAACUUAGCGCUUCAGAAGCCAGUGAUUUUAUGGUGACUUAUGUAAAGGCACACGGCCUCGAUGGCCUUUUGAAUAUCGUAUGGACGAAUGACUUGAAUUGUAGUGGUAGAAUGGUCUGGCAUGGGCCUAAUGUAAGGUUUAAUAGACCCGAAGCUCGAAGAUUUACACUCUUCUUAAGACGUACCCAGGAUAAYAUUUUUCUUCGUGAACGUGGGAUUCGUGGUUUGGCAGAUCACGAAAUCGGGACGCAUUUUAUGCGAAUGAACAACGAUGGUCUGCAGCCGUGGUUCUCGAACAGACAGAAGUUUGGUCUUCGACCAAGCAAGUCAUAUUGUGGUCUGAUUUGUGAAGAAGGACUCGCCGCCAUUAACACUACAUUGCAGUCUCAUGUCAAGAUGUUAUGGGCCCCGGCACUUUUAUAUUACACAGCUUGUAUGGCACAGAAGAUGGGCUUCAAAGAACUUUUUGAACAUCUUGGAAUGCACGUGUGCGAUUUGGAGCAGAGAUGGAAGCUUGUAAUGAGAGUGAAGCGAUUAUUACCUGACUGUAACGAGAUUGGUGGCAGUGGRCAGGAUCAGUGCUACUUUGAAGGUGCAGUGCGCAUCCUCCGACAAGUCAACGAAAUCGACUUCAAACUUUUCUACGCUGGGAAAAUAUGCACCGAUGAACUCAAACGUAUUCGACGCAUUGCACGCCGGGAUUGUUUGAGGUUCCCCUACUUUUUAAAAGACAUGACCACUUAUAAACGAAUUCUCAAUGAAAUCGCWGUCYUGAAYGGCAUAACACACAACGUUAGACGGCCAAUAUCUUGUAGAAACAGAUGUUCAACAAGAAACAAAAAUAAGAAGAAAGUUUCGCCUAAUAGAUUYAGAGCMCURAGUUCKCCCACGAGGUCAAAGACUGUACCAAURGUUCCACACCCACCCCUACUSAGUMGKAGGAGCAGACGGUCUAUGGGUUUUAUAAAGCAAGAGGAGAAUUGUACAUCAUUGAUGAGCGAUUAAAUGUUUUGAUAAGAUAUACAAAAUCAUUUCAUUUAGCCUGCUCGAUGAGUCUCCAUACUGUGUCAAUGAGCUCCGAAAACCCUUGAAAUAGAUAUAACAUAAUUGAGUGGCUUUCGUAAAUUAUAAGUUAAUAAAUGUAUUGUUAUUCAAUUUCUAUUCUGUUUUUAAUUCUCAUGAACUUCUCUAUUUUCUAAAAUGAAAGGUAUUAUCAAAAUCAGAUGCAUAAAAUGCUAGUAACUUAUAUAUUUAUAAUUUAAGUAAUUUUAAUCAGGAAGUUUCAAAUUAUUGAAAUAUUUAAUAACUUGAGUGUGAAUUAAUAAAGUAAAAUGAUAAUAUCUUGAUCUAAAUAAAAUUUGUUCAGCAAUA